AUGGCUUUCCAGGGGGGAGCUAGAGAAGAAUAUACUCGACCGUUUGGAUCCCCUAAAGCCUCCGGGUUCGGUCAAGGCUUCGGGUUCGGUAAAGCCUCUGGGCCCUCCCCGUUCGCUCCAGCCUCCGGGUCCGGUCAACCCCCCCCGUUCACUAAAGCCUCUGGGUCCUCCCCGUUCGCUCAACCCUCCGGGUCCGGUCAACCCUCCCCGUUUGCCUCGUGCGCCCCCUCUGAUCCCACCACAUCAGCGUUCGGUCGAUCCCCCCCUGUCGACGUUACCACCCCGCCCCCACGCUCUCCCACCAAAUCUUCGUUUGAUAAACCCCUCCCCACCGACGUCGCCGCCCUCCAGUCCAUAGUCCGUACCCUCUUCGCCGAGGUCAAGGCCACCACAAGCGUCAACACGCACCUCGCCGCCAGUGUCGCCCGCCUCCAAGGGUCACAAUCAGCACCGUCCACCACCACCCCCACUCCUGCUACCACAGCUAACUCCACUCCCACCCCCACUACCCUCCCCCCACACCUUCCCAUUGACAACCCCCGCACCAUCGCCAGUGGCCGAGGUUGCGCCUCCCCUGAGCUCUUCCAGGAACUCAUCAAAAAGAACUGGCAUGGCCGUCUAGGCCGCACACAUAUGGUCGACGUCGACGCCCUCCCCGCCACGGCGCUCUCCGAGCUCGACUGCCUUAUAAGGCGAAAGCUGCUUGCCAACUUCCCGCGCGGGAAGCCUAAUGUACCUCCCGAUGCAGACACGAUCUUUGCAAGUCUUGCGGCCCUAGGGCUGCGGCUGGAGGACCGCGGGGCGUAUGCGGAUUUGCCGAUUGCAAAUGAUGGUGACACGUUGAAAGAUGCACCGACGCUUAGAAGGGGGGUGAACCAUGCGGCGUGGUAUUAUAGUAAGGAAAAUUAUGGGGACUAUUGGAAGGGGGUGGUGCAGGAAACGUUGGUGGAGCUGGCGAGGUAUAGAGGGUUGUUUGAUGACGAGGGGUUUCUGAAGACAGAGUAG